AUGCCUCUCGCCGAUUAUCUCGCCAAAAACUACUUAUCUGCAGAUACGAAGCCCGCCAAAAAGCGAAAGCGAAAGGACGUAGCCAAGUCAGACGGUCUCGUCAUUGCCGACGAUGAUGCAGAUUCCUGGAAAAAGCCCACGAGGAAUGGAACUGGCUCCGACGACGAAGAUGGGCCGGUAGUUGUUGGCCUUGCGGGUGGUUUGAAUAAGCCUACAAAGAAAACAAAAUGGAUCACUGUCGGUUCGAAUGCGCCCAAGGAUGCAGAUCAAGCGGCAGCGGAUGCGAUUCUUGCAGAUGCACAGGCGGAAUCCACAGCGAGAGCGCAGCAGGACGAUGAUGACCCCGCGAUUGUGGAUCAAGAUGGUAUGGACUUGAACGGGCCCACGAUGGCAUCUGGAGCUCUCGCAGGGCUACAAACUGCGGAACAGGUUACCAAGGCGUUAAAAAGGAAGGAACGGGCGGAGAUGAAGGCUAUGAAAGCUGCGGAUCUGGAUAAUGGAGGACUGGCACAGCAGACCAUCUACCGUGAUGCUUCUGGGCGUAUGAUUAAAGUGGAGGAGAAGCGGGAGGAAGUGGCAGCAAAAGCGAGGGAAGCGGAGCGGAAGGAAAAGGAAGAACUGGAAAGUCGAAAGGGAGAUGUACAACGGCAACAGAAGGAGGACAGGAAGCAGCUACUACAAGAUGCAAAGGUCAUGACUGUUGCCAGGCAUGCGGACGAUCGGCAGCUGAAUGACGAGAUGAAGGAGAAAGAGCGGUGGAAUGAUCCCAUGGCGAAAUUAUUGACUACGAAGAAGACCAGCAACGGCAAGGCCGGCAAGAGUAAAGCGAGCGGGAAGAGUUACCAGGGUGCCUUUGAGCCAAAUCGAUAUGGCAUACGGCCGGGAUGGAGAUGGGACGGUGUGGAUCGAUCAAAUGGGUUCGAGAGGAAGUGGUUUGCUGCGCGUAACAAAGCCAAGGAUCGCGAGGCACUCGAAUACGCAUGGCAGAUGGAUGAGUGA